AUGCCUUUAACUACCUUGGAGUUGAAACUGAAAGCCGAGAAUGCGGCGCGAAUACAAAAGCUAGCAAAAUCAACUGGCGUUUCAUCAGCACUGCUGGCAGCUCUCGAAGAAUCAAAGCCCACCCGCUCUAUUCCUGAAGGGAUCCUUUUCCCUCUAUCAAAACCCUGUCAAACUGUCUACAGGUCGCUUUCGAACCUUGUCAACCCACGUUCAUCUUCGGUAGCUUGGAAGGGUCACGUGAAUGGAGUGCCAACAGGGUUCUUCCGUCUACCAUUGGAGAUACGGGAACAGAUAUACGGUCUCGUCACAGGGCACAAGACAGUUCUCAAGAUUCCCAAAAAUUACUAUAAACCUCGACCAUCCCGAGGAAGGUCUAAUAACGGAUCAUUGAGCCUAUUACAGACUUGUCGCCAAAUAUAUGCAGAAGCAAGCGGGAGUAUCUACACCCAAAAUACAUUCCACUUCCAAAACCACAACGAUUUCCUCGCGUUUGCCCACGCCGUCAACCCCAUUUUCUUGAGCCACAUCACGUCUCUGACUUUCGACUUGGAUUCCAUUCUACGUCUCGACGGCGACCCAUAUGAUCACCAAUACCCACGUUUCACAGUCGAUUGGGCUGACGGCGUAGAACCCCAAUGGUCACACGUUUGGAACACCAUAGCAGCAAUGGACAACUUGAUAGAGUUAAAGGUUUUCCUGCAGGACCCCGGGUUUCCUGAGUGGGAUGGCAUGCAAUGUCUCUGUUUGCCCGAGCCCGAAAUAUUGGCUCCGCUUUGGAAAGUAAAGAGGAGGUUGGGGGUGUUUGAGGUGGAUGUUCCGUGGGUUGAUACAACUUCUUGGGGUAUUCUGGAAAGUUCCCAGGACAUUACACAAGGCGCUCCGUUCAAUUUGACACGGAGAGGCAUCACCCCUGUCGCGAGAAGCAGGCCUUAA